GUUAGCCUAUGAUAUGAUGGCACCUGUUUGGUUCAGAAACCAAACAAUCCAUUCUCAUAGUACUGAAACUAUAGAGUCUAUUGGAGGGGUGUGUGAAUUUGAAGGUCAAUUUUGGGCUUUUUAGGCCUGCAUUUCUCAUUCCUUCCAAAAUGGGUGAGAAAGAGUCAGAGAAGCUGCUAUUUUGGGAACAUAUGAGAACUCCCAUUGCACCACAGCACCCAACAUUACCAAAACUUCUUGUCCUUCUCAUCCUCUUCGUCUCCCUCACCUACCUCGUCUACACGCUCAAGCUUGUCUCCACCUCACGCGCCUGCAAAGACGCCCCAUUCUCCAAAACCAUCAUCGCCGUCAAUGCCACCGCCUCCGCCGCCGCAGUUCUCCGACGAGGCUCCCGCGAGACUAAUCCCGAGGACCGGACGGACCUCCGCCAUUUGGUGUUCGGAAUCGCGGCGUCGGCCAAGCUAUGGGACCAGAGGAAGAGCUACAUCAAGCUCUGGUACAGAGCGAGGGACAUGCGCGGCGUGGUGUGGCUCGACGAGAAGGUGAAAUCGGAGGAAAACAACAGCGACACGCUCCCGCCGGUGAGAAUCUCCGGCGACACGGCGAGGUUCAAGUACACGAACAGGCAAGGGCACCGGUCUGCGAUUAGGAUCUCGCGGAUCGUGUCGGAGACGCUGCGGCUGGGGAUGAAGGACGUGCGGUGGUUCGUGAUGGGAGACGACGACACCGUUUUCGUCACCGAAAACCUAAUUCGCGUUUUGAGAAAAUACGAUCACAAUGAGUUGUAUUACAUAGGGAGCUUGUCGGAGAGUCACUUGCAGAACAUUUUCUUCUCUUACAACAUGGCCUAUGGCGGAGGAGGUUUUGCAAUUAGUUAUCCUCUGGCGAAGGCUCUUCAGAAAAUGCAGGACCGUUGCAUUCAGCGUUACCCGGCUCUCUAUGGUUCUGAUGAUAGAAUGCAAGCGUGUAUGGCCGAACUCGGUGUUCCACUCACCAAGGAAAUCGGUUUUCACCAGUAUGAUGUGUAUGGAAACCUGUUCGGCCUUCUUGCGUCUCAUCCCGUGACUCCAUUGGUGUCACUGCACCACCUCGAUGUGGUUGAGCCUAUCUUCCCCAACGUGACUCAAGUAGAAGCCCUUCAACGGCUCACUAUACCAAUGAAGCUUGACUCAGCAGGACUCAUGCAGCAAUCCAUAUGCUACGACAAAUCAAAGAGCUGGACCGUUUCUGUUUCGUGGGGUUUUGCUGUUGAGAUAUUUCGCGGCGUGUUUUCACCACGUGAGAUGGAAAUGCCUUCAAGAACAUUCUUGAAUUGGUAUAGAAGAGCUGAUUACACUGCAUAUGCAUUCAACACACGUCCAGUUAGCCGAAAUCCAUGCCAGAAGCCUUUUGUGUUUUACUUCUCAAAGGCUAAAUACAAUUCUACAAUGCAACAAAUAGUGAGUGAAUAUGAAAGGCACCGCGUCCCUCAUCCUGAUUGCAGGUGGAAGAUGGCUAAUCCUGCUGCUUUUGACAAAGUGGAGGUAUACAAGAAGCCAGAUCCGCAUCUAUGGGACAGAGCUCCGAGGAGAAACUGUUGCAGAGUGAGGAAGUCAAAGGAGAAAGGGACCAUGGUGAUAGAUGUGGAUAUGUGUAGGGAUGGUGAGGUAAGCGAAACAUAAAGGUGAUAUUAAUGUUACUAAUAAAUUACAUGUCUCGUGGAGUUUCUUAAAAAGCAUAUUUCUUUAUUUAUUGGGUAGCCCACUCUGAGAAAUUUUUGUAAAUUUUCCCCGGGUUUCACUGAAAAGGGUUGAGAGAGUUGGGGGAAAGGUCCAUGUAUAAAGAGAUUUGUCAUUUAAACUAAAAUGUAGAGGGGAUGGGCGUUGGGAGAAGGAUAAUUUGUAAUUUACGUGCUAUUAAAGAGAAUUUUUAGAUGCGUGAUUAAUGCGCCACUCUACUAUUUUCUCAGGUUUUAA